AUGGGGCGAGGCGGAGGUCAAGAGCGAGGCCCCAGGAAGAUGGGCCGGGCACGUGUGGCCGGCUGGGCGGCAUCCCCAGAGGAGGAAGGCUGUGGCCCUCAGAACCCUCACACCGAACCUUGUCACGUUCGCACUGAGAUCCGGUUCAUCACCAGCUGCGUUUCCAGGGUAUCAGAAUCCCUGAAUGAUGCUGUGAUCUACACGGAUGCAGACAGGAGGAGCGGCACCCUGCGCCUCACCUCCAGUAACAAUGCAGCGGAGCUGUGUACACGGGAAUUGAAGGCGCCAAAGAUCUGUGAGCAGGACACACGCGCUGACGCCAGGACACACGCGCUGACGCCGGUGGACACGGAGCAGUGUAGCGACACCGUGUGGCCAGAGCCGGCCACAGCCCUGCCUCGCCGCCUCUGUGUCAUCACUCAGACAGGAGGGAGGGGGACAGCUGGGCUUCGUAACAGCUGCCAAGACCCCCCUCCUGCACCCACCCAAACUUUCCCCCUUCCUCUGGCUGAGUUUCAUCAUCCCUAG